UGUGAACGUUUAAGUGAAGUGGAGUUACCGAAGUCGAAGAUCCACUUCAACAGCUGGUACCUUCAUAUAAUGAUACAUGCGUUAUUUAUAACCAUCUAUCUAAUACUCAAUCUCGGACAACACAACCAUCCUUUUACAUAACUCUUACCUCGUAUUCUGUUAGCGCCGUCCGAGAUUCACAGACUAAAUUUACGUUGACCGCACAUCCACUCAGCCAGGUUCAGAUCGUGUCUGCUAAAGCUUUAAGCAACCUCUAUGCCUUCCUCUUUCCCUUACACUCCUACGACACACCGGACGUCCGUGAAACCACGCCCAUGGGUGCCAUUGAAGCACCAUGAGGGGCGCAUCGAGGUUCCAUCCCUACCCUUCAACCCCCGGACGGAUACCUUACUUGGCAUGUACGAAAUCAGCACGCAUGUCAUACCUGCCGUCAAUCCCAGAAUCACCCCAAAUGUCCCAGUUCCCGAGCCACCCCCUCACUCUUUGAAAAGAACCGGGAGGGAUAUCAAGAAACUGGGACUUGAAUUCAUAAACCAACAGGCCAGGCAAGAAGAGGAUGGCUAUUCCGGCGUCAUGGACGAAAGGCUACUGUGGAAUUGUAUCAACCGAUAUGUGAAAAAGGACCGGGGCGCCAACAUCAGAACGAAGGGGGUCGCCUUAUUCCUUGUGCACGCAGUAGGCUUUCCGAAAGAAACUUGGGAGACCACCCUAUGCUAUCUACUAGGCACCUGUGGUCUCAUAGAUGAAAUAUGGUCAUGGGAGUCCGUGCAGCAUGGGGACUCUGCUCUGCUAAACAGGCAGAAUCUCAGUGGUAGCUUUGAUUGGACUGACAAUGCAAGAGACAUUGUAAACUUUUUUAUCAACUACAUGCCAGAAGAAGUAGAAAUCCCCGCGCUGCCGAUCCAACUCCAUCGGCUCCCUGCAUCCAUCAGUGAGGCACGUCAACAAAGUGGCUUCUCUUCCCGGACCCUGGUCUUGGCGGGGCACUCAGUCGGGGGUUGUGUGGCUGCUUUAGUCGCGUUACAUUUCCCAGCCCUAUUUUCCUCGCUCAUCCUCGUCGAUCCGAUGAUCGAUACAUUCACAGAAUUUCCAUUUGAGCACGGACAGAGCGUAGUUGGCCAUGUCUUGAUAAGGCGCCAACAGUGGCCAUCACGCGAGGCUGCCUUACGUUCCUUCAAAUCAUCGCCUUUGUUCUCCGUUUGGCAUCCUGAUGUAAUUCGGCUCUAUGUUGAUUAUGGACUAUAUGAGGACGGGAGCGGGAGCGUCAGAUUGAAAACAGCUCCCAUUCAUGAGGCUAUCGUCUCUGCCAACCUCCGAACUAGUCGCGAGACCUGGGAGUUGAUGGAAACGCUUGACGAAAAGAUCGAGCUGUUAUGGAUUCUCCCCGGUAAAGAAAACAAGGUGGUGUCAAUGAUGGAGCCAUUCUUGAAGGAGCGUGUUUGGCGCAGACCAGCGAAUUCAUCUAAUGUUAUCAUCAAGUCGUCUGAUCAUCUCAUUCCUCACGAAUCUCCAGAAGCACUUGCGCAAACUAUGGCUGACUUUCUUCACAAGAAAUAUGGUGUUUCUUCAGUGCAGUCGAGGCUCUGAAUCGAUUAUGGAUGGCAUAAGCUGUUCGAGACUCGUCUAAUUGAUUCAACACAUCUACUCCCUAGGCUUAGGGUGUACGAAGACCACCAGUAGUAUUGUCCGCGGCCUUGCUAUUGCAACUACUUCCACGUGGACGGACCAGAAUUCAUUCCGUUGUACUUACCGCUUUGAUCAAUCGUCGGACAGUGAACCCGUCACACUUCCGGCGGACACGACUCU